AUGGAAGGCAGAAGACGAAGCGUAUCCGUCAUGAAUGUCGGCCUAGCCGAAGGAGCCGGCGAUGACCUCCUCCGUCGGCUCUCAAGAACUUUCUCCGGCAAGUCCCAGCAACCAGAAGCACCCGAGGAGCACGCUGUCGAGCGAUGGACUUCGAGGCACGAAAAGGACCAAAUAGACGAUUCAUCAGAGAAGACCAAGGUCAACGACUGGCGAUUGGACGCACAUGUCAAAGAAGUACAGGCCAAUGAUCCUACUGAGGGUCGAAGCCUUGGCGUCACGUGGAAGGACCUGACAGUCAAGGUGGUACCAUCCGAUUCAACUCUGCAGGAAAACGUCCUCAGCCAGUUCAAUGUAAUCCAGCAAGCCAAGGAAGCACGCAAAAAGGUAGCUCUCCGAACCAUUCUGGACGGGAGUUCUGGAAAUGUCAAGCCAGGAGAGAUGCUCCUGGUUCUCGGAAGACCCGGAUCUGGUUGUACCACUCUCCUGAAACUCCUCGCGAACAAAAGAAAAGGGUAUGCCGAGGUGGACGGUGACGUUCAUUAUGGCGCAAUGACCGCAAAGGAGGCCGCGCAGUACCGCGGCUCCAUUGUCAUAAACACUGAGGAAGAGCUUUUCUACCCGUCGCUUACUGUCGGAAGGACUAUGGACUUUGCCACCAGGCUGAACAUUCCAGAAACUCUACCGAAUGACACAGCGAGCCGAGAAGAAUACCGUGUCAAGUUCAAAAACUUCCUUCUUGACUCCAUGGGCAUCUCACACACUGAAGAUACCAAGGUUGGCGAUGCCUUCGUCCGAGGUGUGUCUGGUGGUGAACGCAAGCGAGUAUCCAUCAUCGAAACACUGUGCACAAGGGGUAGUGUCAUGUGCUGGGACAAUUCAACACGCGGUCUCGAUGCUUCCACAGCGCUUGAAUACACCCGUGCCCUUCGAUCGUUGACCGACGCCAUGGGCAUCGCAACCAUUGUCACACUGUAUCAGGCUGGUAACGGCAUUUACGACUUGUUCGACAAAGUGCUCGUCCUCGACGAAGGCAAACAAGUCUACUAUGGUCCACGCGAGCAAGCCCGCCCGUUUAUGGAAGCUCAAGGCUUCAUAUGUGGCGAGGGCGCCAACGUCGCAGAUUACCUCACUGGUGUCACUGUUCCGAGCGAGCGACAGAUCAAGCCCGAAUUCGAGUCACGAUUCCCUCGCAACAACGUAGAGCUGGAAAAAGCGUAUCGCGAAUCAUCCAUCAAGGCCAACAUGGACCGCGAACUCGACUACCCCAGCACACAAGAAGCAAAGCUCAACACUGAAACUUUCCGACGUGCUAUCUCUCUCGACAAAUCUAAGCGCUUAUCCAAGAAGUCACCCAUGACUGUGUCCUUCUCGGCGCAAGUCCAGGCAUGUGUCAUUCGUCAAUACCAGAUCAUCUGGGGUGACAAGGCAACAUUUUUCAUUAAGCAAGCUUCGACCAUUGUGCAAGCCCUGAUCUCUGGAUCUCUCUUCUACGAUGCUCCUGACACCUCCGCCGGUCUCUUCGUCAAAGGCGGAGCCCUCUUCCUGGCCCUUCUGUUCAAUUCUCUAGUCGCCAUGUCUGAAGUUACAGACUCCUUCUCUGGCCGUCCCAUUCUCGCUAAGCACAAGAACUUCGCUUUCUUCAAUCCUGCUGCUUUCUGCAUAGCUCAGAUUGCCGCUGACAUUCCGAUUGUUUUCUUCCAAGUUACCUCUUUUAUCGUUAUCCUAUACUGGAUGACCGCUCUCAAGGCUACGGCAGGUGCAUUCUUCACCUGCUGGUUCGUUGUUUAUUUGACAACAUUUGUCAUGACUGCCUUUUUCCGCAUGCUCGGUGCUGCUUUCACUAACUUCGACGCCGCGUCCAAGAUCUCUGGUUUCUCUGUCACUUCCCUCAUCUUGUACAAUGGAUACCAGAUCCCCAAGCCGCAGAUGCACCCUUGGUUCGUUUGGAUCUACUGGAUCAACCCUCUGUCCUACGGGUUUGAGUCAUUGUUGGCAAACGAAUUCAAGGGAACUACCAUCCCUUGCGUCGCGAACAAUCUGGUUCCCAACUACCUGCCGCAAUACCAGGACCCCGCUCACCAGUCUUGCGCUGGAAUUGCAGGUGCUGCUACUGGUGCUGUAUCUCUGACUGGCGAACAAUACCUUAAGAGCCUGUCGUACUCACCCUCACACAUCUGGCGCAACGUCGGUAUUCUGUUCGCUUGGUGGUUCUUCUUCAUCGGCCUCACCAUAUUCUUCACUCUUCGCUGGGAUGACGCCGCUGGCUCUACUGGUGCCCUACUGAUUCCUCGCGAGAAUGCCAAUAAGGUCCCUAAAGCCGUUUUACCUGGUGACGAGGAAGCACAAACAAACGAGAAAGCUCCCCGCGCCAGAGCUGAUGGUAAUAAUUCUAGCAGCCAACCUGGCGCCGCCCUGAUGCGCAACACCUCAGUCUUCACCUGGCGCAGCCUCUCUUAUGUUGUUCAGACACCAUCCGGACCUCGCACUCUCCUCGACAAAGUAGACGGUUAUGUCAAGCCAGGAAUGCUCGGUGCCCUAAUGGGUUCAUCUGGUGCCGGAAAAACCACUCUUCUCGAUGUUCUGGCCCAGCGCAAAACGGACGGGCAGAUUCAUGGAGAAGUGCUUGUCGAUGGUCGUCCGCUACCCGUCUCUUUCCAGCGAUCUGCCGGCUACUGCGAGCAGCUAGAUGUCCACGAACCCUUCUGUACCGUCCGGGAAGCUCUCGAAUUCUCCGCUCUUCUUCGUCAAAGUCGUGAAACUUCUCGCGAGGACAAGCUUGCUUAUGUCGACACUAUCAUUGACCUCCUCGAACUGCACGAUCUCGAACAUACACUCAUCGGCCGUGUCGGUGCAGGUCUGUCAGUCGAACAACGUAAACGUGUCACCAUCGGUGUUGAGCUUGUUUCUAAGCCCUCCAUCCUGAUCUUCUUGGACGAACCUACUUCCGGUCUCGACGGACAAGCCGCUUUCAACACCGUUCGCUUCCUCCGGAAGCUUGCCGAUGUCGGACAAGCAGUGCUGGUGACUAUUCACCAACCUUCUGCUCAGCUCUUUGCCCAAUUCGAUACACUGCUGUUGCUUGCCAAGGGUGGUAAAACGGUCUACUUUGGUGAUAUUGGCGACAACGGAAAUACUGUCAAGCAAUACUUUGGCCGCAAUGGCGUAACCUGCCCUCAGGACGCCAAUCCUGCCGAGUUCAUGAUCGAUGUAGUGACUGGCGCUCACGCGAAUGAUAAGGAUUGGCAUCAGGUUUGGCUUGACUCACCAGAACAAGCUCAGAUGCAACAAGACCUUGAGCACAUCAUCACAGACGCCGCUGGUAAGGAGCCCGGCACGAGUGACGAUGGAUACGAGUUUGCAACCAGCAUGUGGACGCAGAUCAGAUUGGUUACCCAUCGCACGAAUGUCAGCUUAUACCGCAACAUCGACUAUCUCAACAACAAGUUUGCCCUUCACAUCGGUGUUGCCCUCUUCAUCGGCUUCUCAUUCUGGCAGAUCGGCGACUCAGUCGCAGACCAGCAGCUCGUCCUAUUCUCGCUGUUCAACUACAUCUUCGUUGCCCCUGGUGUCAUCGCUCAGCUCCAGCCCCUCUUCAUCGAUCGUCGUGACAUCUACGAGACACGCGAGAAGAAGUCGAAGAUGUAUCACUGGAUCCCCUUUGUCACUGGCCUGAUCGUGUCCGAGAUGCCUUAUCUCGUCCUUUGUAGUGUUUCUUACUUCCUCUGCUUCUACUACACUGCCGGUCUUCCAGGGGCAUCCGACAAAGCAGGAGCGGUCUUCUUUGUCAUGCUUGUGUACCAAUUCUUUUACACGGGCCUCGGUCAGUUCGUUGCUGCUUACGCACCCAACGCCGUCUUCGCCUCUCUGGUCAACCCCUUGCUCCUCGGUGUUCUCGUAUCAUUCUGCGGUGUCCUCGUCCCCUACUCCCAAAUCCAACCUUUCUGGCGCUACUGGAUGUACUAUCUCAACCCUUUCAACUACCUUAUGGGAGCGCUUCUUGUGUUCGUCGAUUUCGACUGGGACGUCAAAUGCAAGGAGUCUGAAUUCGCCAUCUUCGAUCCUCCUCCCGGUGAGACCUGCGCUCAAUACCUUGAGGGAUGGCUUGCUGGCCCCGGGUCCCGCAACAACCUUGUCAACGGCGAUGCGACAGCUGGCUGCAAAGUCUGCCAGUACCGCAUUGGUAGCGACUACCUUUACACUGUCAACCUAAACGACUACUACUACGGCUGGAGGGAUGCAGCGAUUUGUGUUUUGUUUACAAUCUCAAGUUACGCACUGGUUUAUCUGCUCAUGAAGCUCAGGACAAAGGCUAGCAAGAAGGCCGAGUAG